AUGUCCCGGACGCACGCAGCCUUCCUCGCCCUCGUCUCGGUGCUCCUCGCUCUGUCCUUGUCUCGAGAGGCAGACACCGCAGCUGUGCCCGAUGGGAAGGAGCGCGGCACUAAGGCCACAGACCCGCAAGGUCCUCUGAGGAGGAUCUUCAUGCAGGAGAGGGACGCCUCCAGCUUCUUCAGACGGCGCAGCAGACGAGGAGUGAAGUCUCAGGAUGAGAUUGAUGCCGAGCAGAAGCAGGUUGUGGCAGCAGAUGAGCGGAAGAGAGAGUACCACGAGGAGAAGAGGAACGCCUUCGAGAGCUACGCCGAAGAGGAAAACGACGAACAGGACGAGAGGAGCAGGGAGAGCACAGAGCAAUGGAGGGAGUUUCACUACGAUGGGAUGCAUCCUCCCCAUGAGUACAACCGCCAGUCCAUCUGAGACCAGCAGCGACGCCCUCGCCCAUAAACCCAACCCGAGGAAGAGACGCGAUACAGGGAAGGGCAAGAGCAACUCGACUUUGAUGGAAACACCUCCGCCUAUGCUACUCCUGAUUCAUGCAAGAGAUGUUCUCAAAUCAACUUCUGAAAUGACGUUUCUGUUGGCCAUUCAUUAUAUCAUUCAUCCAAUCUUACUCGUGUUAGAAAUGGGCUAAGGGUCAGGGGUCAGGCUUUACCCAAGGUCAACAUAUCAAAUGUCGAUCUGAGAACGUCUCUCACUUGCAGAAAUUAAGAGCCUUAUACUAUCCCAGAUAGCAUCCGGAUGUGGGCCACUUCAGGCAAUGAUGCGGCACUGAUGGCCUUCUCCUGGACCUGACAAAAUGGAUGUGAGCCUGAAGUGGCCCACAUGUAUAAUAGCAAAUAUGGCCCAAAUAUGACAAAUCACAUGUGGGCCUUUUUUGGCAAAGAUGCGGUGUUCUCGGCAGCAUGUGAUCUGGAUGUGACCCUGAAGGGGCCCGUGUGGUAAAUGGUGAAUAUGGCCCAAAUAUCACAAAACAAAUAUGGACCACCUUUGGUAAGUAUGUGGCACA